CCGCCAUCAUUCCACCAGCGCUGGCGCAGCCACAUCCAGCCACGGCGUCCCAUCACCACCACUCACUCAUUCGACGGCUUCGCUCAUCCGUGACGCAUCCAUCCAUCCAUCCAUCCAUCCCCGCCCGGCCCGUCGCCUUUCCAUCCCAUCGUUUCCCUCUCUCUUUUCCAACCUCAGCUUGGUCAUCGUCGUCGCCAGCGUGCUGUGCGUGUCUGUGCGUUCUUGGUCCCUGCUCCGUCACAUCUUCCUUGCGUCUCUUUUUCACCCUUUCGGUCCGCCCCCCCGCGGCGUCGUCGACCUCGCUGCGAGCUGAUGCCAGCCGACGCCGCGUGAUUGACUGGCGGCCGCCAACGACACCAUUCCGCGUCGCAGCGCGGCCAUAGUUGCCCGCCCGCCUGCGACACCGCCCACGAUGCGGCCGUCGCGCAUCGCCAUCCUCGCCCUCUUCUCCGCCGCCUUCGUCUUCAUCCUAUUCCGCUCCUUCGCCGCGUCGAACCGACGCCAUGCCGCCGCCUAUCCCGCCCAAGGCCGCUCGAAGCACCUCUUUGGCUUCGUCUACUACAACACCCCCUUCUCGCUGUUCCCCCCCAACGCUGCCAUCAGCUUGACCGACGACAACAGCACCUCGUUUGCCGCUCGCCCGGCCGCCUUUGGACCGAAGUUGGCGGCUCGCGGCUUGAGCGGCCAGCUCUGGGUCGGCAGCGGCUUCGCCGAGGACAGCCUCGACGGCAACGGUGAGCUGGGUUGCAGCGACCUUCCCGGCUGGGGCAGCGGCAACACGAGAGCGUCGUUGAAAAACUCGUUCCGAACGAGCGCCGCCCGCGUCGCCGCCACGCAGGCAAAGUCGAGCCGUCCGAAGCAAGGUAGACAGCUCGCCGACUCGGGCGAUCGCGAGACCCUUGCCAAGGGUCGCUCCGUGUCUGGUAUCGUCGCCAGCUCCGACAACACCGACAACCACCUCAACGACAAGACGGCCGGCGCCCUCUCGCGGCGCGAUGCGUCUCCCCCGGCCUCGCAGCACGCGGAUAUCCAGUCCAUCCAAGAGGCCGCCGAGAUCGAGGGCAAGAUUGUUCUGCUCAUGCGCGGCGGAUGCGGCUUCCUGGAGAAAGUCAUGUGGGCGCAGCGGCGCGGCGCCAUCGCCGUCAUCGUCGGCGACAAUCAAAAGGGCGGGCCCCUCAUCCAGAUGUUUGCACACGGCAGCGAGGUGGACAAUGUCACCGUCCCGUCGGUGUUCACCGCUCGAACGACCGCGCACCUGUUGUCCUCCCUGACGCAGCCAGGCAGUUUCAUCGAGGACACGCUCGAUGACAACGGCAACGCAGUCCUCAAAGUGCAGCAGGGUCCCAGGUCGAGACCGCACCGAAAGCGAUCGCUCCGGAAGAGACGGACAGCGUCUCGCAGCACGGCGGCAUCGACUUCGAAGACGAAACGGACAGUAGCAAACGACAAGGUGGGCAGCGCGACGUCCACUACAACUGGCAAACGCGGGGGGCUUGCCAGCUUUUUCAGCUGGGGGAAAUCGUCCCGGGCUACCGGCGAUCAGAGCCGACCGCCCAGCAGCGGCCGUCUGGAUUGGGUCCUCGUCGAAGACUGGAGCGAUGAGAAGGACAAGGCCCUCAAGGACAGCAUCGGAAAGUCCAAAAAGCCGAACUCGGCCAAGGACGACUUUGUCAUUGGCGUGCAAGACUGGCGCGACCCUGACCUGGUGGACAAGUCUGGCGCGAAGAAGGGCGCUGGCGCAGAAAAGCCAGCUGGCCAGAAAGGGGCCUCCAACGCCAAGGACCGCACCGACAGUGCUGGCAAAGGUACGCCCGAGGCUAACGGCCCCAAGGGCGGCAGCAUCACCCCAGGCAGCGGCGAGUACAAUCCUGUCAAUGUUCUUCACAAGGAUAGCAAGGACGCAGCCGGCGCCAGGUCGGCUUCGGCCAACGCAGCGGCCGGGAGCACGGGUCACGGGCUCAUGUCUAAGCUGUUCGGCGAUGACGGCGACCACAAGGGGUCCGGCGCUCAUGGCCUAACAGACGGCCACAACGAAGUUCCCACUGAUCCGGAGCACGACCCCGAAUCCGAGCCGCACGAAGGCCUGUGGGUGACAAUCACCCCCACAAGCAGCGCGACGCCUUUCUUCGACACGCUUCUCGUCCUUGUCAUCAGCCCGUUGGUCACGCUGACGGUCGUCUACGCACUCCUCAUUGUUCGCGCGAGGAUCCGUCGCCGACGAUGGCGGGCGCCAAAGUCUGUCGUGGACCGGCUGCCCGUGCGCACGUACCACACGGUCGCCUCUUCGACCAGCUCGUCUCCGCGGCUGCCGUCGCCGGCCAGCGCAACCCCGACAACACCGCUUCUACAGCAGCAGCACAGCGUGGCGAGGCCACGACCGCGCUCCAGAACCACCACGGGCGUGCUGGAGAGCGAGAACUUCCUAGCCCACAGCGCCGCAGUACCCACGCCGUCGGGAUCGUCGAGGGCCAGGAACGAGCACGAGAAGGGCGCGGGAGGUUUCUCGGCAGAGUGGAGGAAGUAUAUGGGAAGGCAAGUCGAGUGCGUGGUCUGCCUGGAGGAGUACGUGGACGGCGUGAGCAGGGUCAUGAGUCUUCCCUGCGGCCACGAGUUCCACGCCGACUGCAUAACCCCUUGGUUGACUACCCGUCGACGCACGUGCCCCAUCUGCAAGGGUGACGUCGUCCGGUCCCUGGCGCACGGAUCCCGAAACGGCCCGCGGUACGACCACUACCACGAGGACAGCGACGACGACGUGUCGAUCGAGGCCUCGGGCUCCGGCUCGUCGGACAGGACGGCCGACGUCGAACAGGGCGUGCUCUCCCCGCGUCCCAGAGACCCAGAAGAGUCUCCGCUACCGGACCGCUGGUUUGGGCUGCUCUCUAGCAACUUCGCCGCUCGGGCCAGGCGGCAGUCGCCGACCCCACCACCGGGGGAUCGUAGCCGAUGAAGCCGGGGGAGUAUCAUCAGUGGAACCUGGUCGGUGACAUGUCACCACACUACACCACGCUACACCACACCACUCUAUCAAGUACCUAGUACACCACACGACAUUACACUAUACGGCACGUCUGCCGCCACACUCGGGACCUUGUUUGACAGCGCGGAUAGUCUUGGCGUAAUUGGCACUCGGAAGGGUCGGGUUAUUCGUUUGGAGCGGGCACGCAUUCCGUGGGCCACGGACACGGGAGUCUCAAGCAUAGCAGCGGCACUCUUUAUUCUGCAGAAUUGCUUUCCUCUUUUUGUAUUGGGUUGGUUCGCAAGCGGCGGCGCCCGCGAUCUUUAGGCUGUGGAGGUAUAUACCCCUCGACGACGGACCUCGAAGGACGUCUAAAUUCUACGUGAUGGCAUGGAACGCAGCUCUCGGGGUCUGUCAGACCGGCGUCGGCAUCCUGUGACAGUGACGGCGGAGACGACGGGACGUUGAGGCAACGCCGGCGUGCUUGUGUUGAUGUCAAACUGCAGUCGUAACUUUUCAUCAUUAAUCGCAUCUAUAUGGCAUGGAGCAGCAGAUCUAGAUGUAUCCCUUGAGGACGGCGGCUUCGGCGUUGAGUAUAGACGACCCCGCCGCGCCGAUGACGGCUACGCACACGCGCGUCGGUCAGCAUUCAUGGUGGCGUCGUGAACAAGGCAUCCAGGAGCGAACACUCACUGUUAUGGCUCAGGGCGGUAAACUUGAUGUCAAAGAUGCCGCUCUCGUCCUCGCGCAUGCGGCCGACGCUGACGGUGUAGCCGUUGCCCAGGUCGCGGUCCAGGCGGGGCUGCGGGCGGUCGUCCUCGUCGAAGACCUUGAUGGCGGGGGAGGGCGCCGAGGGGCAGCCGAGGGUCUGGGCCUCGGCGACGUAGGCGCGCAGGGCCUGCUUGCACUGCUCGGCGGUCGGGGCGGGGCGGCGCUCGAAGCUCAGGCUGACGCAGGCGGUGUGGCCGUCGAGGACGGGGACGCGGUUGCAGGUGGCGGAGACGCGGAGGCCGCGCUGCUCGACGAAGGCGGUGGCGUCGGGGC